AUGCCGGAAAUAAAGCAAAUCCCAAAAAAGGAUGACAGCAAUUAUGACUUGGAGGAUAUUCCGUUGGUAAUGGACAUACGACCUUACAUGUUCGAACCUCCAGCAGAGUGUGUAAAUCAAGAAAAUUCUCCGCAAAGUAGCGAAGAAAGCGAGUCUGACACUGAGGACAACCCAGGUCAUCGACGGAACGGAACGAUUUGGUGCGAGUGUGGAUCAUGCGAGGUGAUGCCCACUGAAGCAGAGUGCAUUUGUUGCUCAGAGAUACCAGUCAUUGACCACAUCAGAGACUCCUUCGGUAUAGAGUGCAUCACUCAGCACCAGACAUUUAUAGACAACUGCUUGAACAUUCGAGUUUUAGAGGUCAGCCUUUAUGACUAUAUCCAGUCUGAUGGGCCCAUUGAUGACAAUGAACCAAUUAAUGAAGUCUACAGAUAUGUUGCAUACAGGAGGUUUGUCUUAUGGGUUUGGCAGCGACUAGGCAAGGGGAAUCGAAAAAUCCUUCCAGCAUGUGUUGUUUCCAAGAUAAGGGACAUCUUCCCGUCGGAGCAGUAUACCGGUUUCAAGUAUCCACGCCCUAUUUAG